GGGCGCCCACGCGCGGAUCUGGGGGCAGCCCUGCGCUCGCGGAGGCGUGGCCGGCGCGCGGGGCCUGGGGCGCGCGGGGAUGGGGGUCACGGUGGACGUGCACCAGGUGUACAAGUACCCCUUCGAGCAGGUGGUCGCCAGCUUUCUCCGAAAGGAUUCCAUGCUUUCAGAAGGACUGAAUGAGAUCAUGUGCAUGACAGCUUCUCUAGUAUAGCACCCUGCAUAAACACAGUAGCUGCUCUGUAAGUCUUUGAUGGGUGUGAUUCUGAUUUAGCUUGAUCAAUUCUACGGUCAUACUGUAUUGUGUUUGAAAAGGUCUUCAGAAAAACCUGGCCACAUGCCUCCUGUCUUUCCAGUACCCGAACCCCAUGGAUAAAAAUGUCAUCUCUGUAAAAAUUAUGGAGGAAAAAAGAGAUGAAUCAACAGGGAUCAUCUACAGAAAGAGGAUUGCAGUCUGUCAGAAUGUGGUUCCAGAAAUUUUAAGGAAGGUGAGCAUUUUGAAAGUACCUAAUAUCCAAUUAGAAGAGGAGUCAUGGCUCAAUCCUUGGGAAAGAAACAUGGCUAUACAGAGUCACUGCCUUACAUGGACACAGUAUGCAUCCAUGAAAGAAGAGUCUGUGUUCCGGGAAAGUAUGGAAAACCCAAAUUGGACAGAGUUCAUUCAAAGAGGCAGAAUUUCAAUCACAGGAGCUGGAUUUCUCAACUGCAUUCUAGAAACUUUUGCCAGCACAUUCUUAAGACAGGGAGCCGAGAAGGGAAUUAGAAUCAUGGAGAUGCUGCUAAAGGAACAGUGUGGUGCCCCCUUAGCAGAAUAAAGAAUCAUCAGAGAGCUGUAUCGGUGUCUACUUUUUUUUUUUUUUUGGAGGGGGGGAUGGGGAUUCACUUCUUGGCCACAACACAUCAGACACAGUUCCUGGAAUACAGGUUUGAGGAUACAGUGUCGGCAGCUUCAAGAAGAGGAGACCUUCUUGCCAGGACAUAAAAUGAUACCCUCCUCUGGGAGCCUGCUUCGAAUAGUGGGACUCAGGGAAUUGAGACCUUCUGCCUGGAUUUUUAUGACACAAUCUCUUUACAAUUUUACAAA